UCUUAUGUUGACUACUUUUUGGGUUUAAUUUCUUUCUAAGAUUGUACAUUGUUCAUCCGUCCACAGGAUGUCGCUAUUCUAACUCAGAAUCUUAAGUUUUUCUUUGGUAUUGCUGUUUGCGCUCGGCUUCCCCUAGUGGCGACUUGCUGUAAGCAGCAGGCAGAAAGAACUUUUUAUUUCAGUUGGAAAAGAGGCCUUGAGGUGUUAAGACGUUACACACCUCCUCUGCACCAUACAUCGUUGGGAACCCUUGACAAAACAAAAUCUCUCGCUGCCAAAGUCGAGUAGCCAUACGCUCGGCUGAGGGCAGAAGAGUAAAAAGAUUUUCAACACAUCAAGCACCCAAGAUGUCUCAACAAGAAGUUUCACCACCUAUCAGCCAAGUGGUCACCAGGUCGGAGGCCAGUCAUUCUCAUUCUUCACGCCGGUCCAGAACGAGUCAAGCUGCUGCACAAGCACGAGCAGACGCCGAAGCUGCCUACGCCAGAGCACGGUACGCCAAACGCCAAAUCGACAUGGAGGUCGAGAAGGCACGCAUCGAGGCAACACUACACGCUCUGAAGACGGAAGGUGAAGCAGAAGCAGCGCUCGCCGCAGCUAAAGUUUGGGAGGCGACUUUCGAAGAAGAGGAGCGCGCCAAAGUCGACCUCAGCGAGCAAGGGGUAUUUUCCAAGACACCCCCCUCCAUCAGGCGUGCACAAGAGUAUGUGCAUGCUCACUUUGACGACCAGCGUGUGCAAGCAGAUGGCACACAAACGCCAAACACUGAGCACCUGGUUAGGCACAAUGACUCUCAACAACCAGAAAAUAGCCCAAAAUCAGCUGGUGCUUUUCCACAUGUGCGUCACAUCGACAUCGCUGACGAAGAGCAUCUCCAAUCUCAUCGUGGGAGAACGGACAUCUCACACCAGCCUACACCUUCAGCAACCCCACAAAGUGAACUGUCCAAUUUAGCAGCCUAUCUAGCACGGCGUGAUCUGCUGACAUCGGGGUUCAAGGUUUUCGACAACCGGCCAGAGUCCUACCUGUCCUGGAAGUCCAUGUUCUGCAACGCGACGGAAGGCCUCAAUCUCAAGCCCAGCGAAGAGCUCGACCUUCUCACCAAGUGGCUCGGCGGGGAGUCUCUUCAACACGCUCAGAGGAUCAGGGCGGUCCACGUGAGUAAUCCACAGGCAGGUCUCCAACGUCUGUGGCAGCGGCUAGACAAGACUUAUGGCUCUCCAGAGGUAAUUGAAUCCUCACUCUUCCAACGGUUGCAGACUUUUCCAAGAAUCUCCAACAAAGACACUCACUUACUGCAGGAGCUUGCUGAUCUUCUGUUAGAGCUAUCGUAUGCCAAAAGUGAAAGUUAUUUGCCGGGUCUUAGCUUUCUCGACACACCAAGGGGCAUAAACCCGAUAGUUGAAAAACUCCCAUAUGGACUCCAGGAGUCAUGGGUUACACAAGGUACCAAAUACAAAAGGGAAAACGGUGCAGUCUAUCCACCUUUUUCGUAUUUUGUGCGGUUCGUAAAUGACUACGCUGAAAUGAGAACAGACCCUAGCUUUAUGUUACAGUGUUCAAACGUAAUAAAUCCAAGGGUUGGUAAGACAUCAGUAAGACGAGACAAAUACAGAGUUCCACUAGCAGUGAAUAAAAUAGAGAUCAGUCCGGCUAAAUUGACAGCACUCGAUCCAGACAAACAAUGUCCUAUCCACCAAAAACCUCAUUCACUCGUCAAAUGCAGGGGGUUUAGAAUGAAAACACUAGACGAAAGAAAGAACAUUCUCAAAGAGCACGCCAUUUGUUUUAAAUGUUGUGCGUCCACAAAUCACAGGGCUCGAGACUGUAAAGCUAUUAUCCAAUGCUCAGAAUGUGAUAGCGAUGCUCAUGUGUCUGCCAUGCAUGUCGGUCCACCUCCAUGGACACCUCAAGACUUUAAUCCCCCAACCCAGAGUCACGGCGGGGAGUCUGAGGGCCCAAAUCCUGUGAACACAGCCAGUUGCACAGAAGUAUGUGGGCAAGGCGUAAAAGGAAAAUCAUGCUCAAAGAUCUGUUUAGUUAAUGUAUAUCGCCGAACUUCUCCAGAAAAGAAAAAGAGGGUAUAUGCCAUGUUGGAUGAUCAGAGCAAUUCAUCCUUAGCCAGAUCUGCGUUUUUUGACAUGUUUAAUGUGCAAGACAUUAUGCACAACAACUUUGCUAAAGAUGAGGCGAAUAACUGGGUAGCUCCACUUCCAUUCCGCUCACCUAGGCGGCGCCUACCUGACAAUCGGGAGCAGGCCUACAAUCGUUUAAUGUCGCUCCGCAAAACGCUGAGAAGAAAACCUGAAAUGAGAGCGCAUUACGCUGAGUUUAUGGAGAAAAUAUUCAGCAAGGGCCAUGCCGAACCAGCGCCCGCACUGGCGCCAGAUCAAGAGUGCUGGUAUCUCCCUAGUUUUGGCGUUUACCACCCGCAAAAGCCAGAAAAAAUUAGGGUAGUCUUUGAUUCGAGUGCUCAACUUGACAAUGUUUCUCUCAAUGACGUGCUCCUCAAGGGACCAGAUCUUAACAACACUCUCGUAGGAGUUCUGAUGCGGUUUAGGUCCGACCCAUACGCCGUCAUGGCAGAUGUGGAGCAUAUGUUUCACAACUUUGUAGUCCGAGAAGACCACCGUAACUACCUUUGUUUCUUGUGGUUCCAAAAUCAUGACCUUGAUGGAAAAUCGCCAUCUUUGGACUGA